AUGACGCCGCGGAUAGGUCUGUACGACUACGAUUUGAUGAAGAAGAUGGUGGACAAAAUUACAGUUAAUGUUGGCGCCGGUGAAGUUUCCUACCACGGUGCAACGGUACGGACCGAGCUGUCAGUGAGCAAUCUUAUUAGCUUCCCUUCUAAGGAAACUUUCACAGCGAAAGCAGCAAAGCCGGCGCCCAGAAGGGCAAAUGCCACAUACGCGCCGAUGUUGCGAAGUAGUUAUACCAAAACCGGGCCGCAGGAGUUUUCAAAUUACAUACGAACAUGGUACCCAAGCAUUUCAGCGGAGAAGCUUGGUAUACUUCUGCGGGAGCAGAACGCCCGUGGCCUAGCAAGCAUAUCAGAAAUGCGUCAAGUGUUCCAGUCCAAUAUGUUUACUUUCACAGACAAGCUUAUGGCAUGCUUAGCAGAUAGUUGCACUUGUUGCAAGGCACAUGGGAACAAAAAGUGCAUCUUGGAAAAGGACGGCACAAACACUUGUGAUGCACCGCCUCAUGUACCAACUGACCAAACUCAAUUCAGCACCCCAUUAGUCAGCAAGAUAGGUCCUCGACUACCACCACCAGGCAACCCUGCAGGUUGCCUAUCUGCCAAUAGUUCCGCGUCUAGGAAAAGGGAUGGAAGUUUAUCAUCAAGCGUACAGUCGGGCACAGCAAAGAAAACAUGUUCACGUGAGGCGCAGAACGUCCUCGCCGCAACACCAACAUAUGGGCAAGAACCACUCAACCAAAUUGCCAUAUCCCAGGAUGCAAGCCUCAAUGAAAUUGCAAGCAAGAUCGUUGCAUUUUACGACAACCUUACAGCCAUCUUGGUUACUUACUAUGCUGAGAUGCGGCCAGCCCCCGGGUUCAUAUUGUUUGGAUCAACCACCGAUAGAGCACAUGUGAAGAUCGAUCUACCUCAAUGCAAUUUUGGAAGAGAUCCGUGGGUAGCUGGAUCAGUCCCAGUACCACCAAAUCCAACUGUACUCAGGGCCAUAAGAGACUGGAUGACUGCAGCCUCGAUGCUAAACCUUGAGAGGCAAGAACGCAUCCCCUGUGCAUUAAAGAUUUUACUGAAUGCUCACAAGAAUUUUUCGUCUUCUCAUUUAGUAACUGCAUCUUUCCAAUCAAAUCGCUGCAGGAAAUGGAUCAUGCAUCCUAAGCCAAGACUCAUAGCAUUAGAGGGGGUUGAAAUCCAACGUCAACUUGCAUCUAACGAUGCAAUGACCCAUGAGAUGGCUACAGCUAUUUUCCGCAGGCUUGGCCAGAUUGACUCGUUUUUCUCAAAGGACACUCCUGGACUGAUAUGGAGGAAAUUCCUCGAGCCUGACUUUGCUACAACUGUUUUGGCGAAUGCCGACCCAUUGACUGUACACUCAAUCAGGGGUAGCUUCCAAGAAGGAACAGCAUCCUGCAAUCCAGCUUCGUGCCGAAUGUGGUACAUCCCGACGAUACUACCUGAUUGUUGGACUGUAUAUGCAUUUGAUAUGCUGCGGAAAAGAAUCAUCGUAUUCGACCCAACAAUUGGGCCAUUUGGGUAUAGCAAUCGGCGAGUCAGCAUGCAUGAAUUUGUUAGCAACAAACUGCAUGCCGCGUUGUUCACAUGCCUCCAGAAUUUCUUCAGCUCUUGGCAUUGUGAAUCAAGCCACUGGGGGCGCACUUUUCCGAUCAUAAUGAGGGAAAACAUUGAGAAAGAGCAGACCGGGCUGUGCGCCACCUUUUUUGCAUGGAAUUAUGACGGCGACAAACUGCAGACACCACUGAACAAAGACAUGCUCGCAUCACAUAGCAGCUUGAUGAUCUACGAACUAAUGAGGAUGCAAGGUAACCAAACUCCAGUGGAAAACGACGCCCUUGAAGCUGUCAAAGGAUCGUUCAUUGCUCUUUAG